AUGAGGACGGUCUUCCUCGGCCGUUUUUGUCUUAAACGCGGGCUUCCGCGCCUCCCGCGACAUCAUUUCACAACAUCAUGGCGAUUUCCCGUCAAGCGCAUCCCGAAACGGGGCCCAGGACUCGGCGGAGUGGUGAUGGCUACACUCGCGCCUAUUGCAUUUCUCAAGUUGGCGGAGGACUCGGAGGAGGGGGGUAAGACAGGCGAGAUGCAAAUGUUGAAGGCAUCGCGCGAUGAAAUCCGUAAGUCGGUGCCGGCUGACGCGAAGGGCCUCUCGAAAGUCUGUCAAACACUCUGGGUUUAUUGGUACUACUACGUCUAUGAUCCCAUUGCGACUGGGAUUCGAUUUCUCCACUUGGCCGUUAUAUUUGUACCAGUUGCUGCUGCUGUGCCGGUAAUAUGGUUUGGACGGAGGGUUGAAAGUCGAAAUAACGCGCGGAGCGGAACAUUGUGGUGGUAUCGCUUUCUCGUGAAGUCCAUGGAGCGUGCUGGACCUGCCUUCAUCAAGUUGGGCCAGUGGGCCGCCUCGCGAACUGAUAUCUUCCCUCCCGAAAUGUGCAGCGUCAUGUCUUCACUCCACUCGAAUGCACCCGCCCACUCGCUACACGACACCAAACGAACUAUCCGGAAAGCGUUCAAUGAGCUACCAUUCGACGACAUCUUUGAGGAAUUUCAAGAGGAGCCUCUGGGCGUUGGAGCCAUUGCGCAGGUGUACAAAGCAAAGCUCAAGCCAAGUUUGGCCUCCACCAACCAAGAGCUAGGGCAAGGACCUAGCACUUUGGGCGAGAAGGUUCGGAAGAAUGUCGAUGUGCUGGUCAAGAGCUCGCCGCAAAGAGUACCCUCGUCUUAUGUCGCCAUCAAGGUCUUGCAUCCUCGAGUCGAGAAAAUGAUCCACCGCGACUUGCGGAUCAUGUCAUUCUUUGCGUCACUGAUCAAUGCGGUUCCCACCAUGCAUUGGCUGUCUUUCCCGGACGAAGUUCAACAAUUUGGUGAGAUGAUGAAGCUUCAGCUGGAUCUGCGAAUUGAGGCUUCGAACCUUGUGAUGUUCCGCGAGAAGUUCAAGUCCCGCUCAACAGCCUGGUUCCCGUACCCAUACCUUGAUUACACAACACGCGAAGUGCUAGUUGAGGAGUUUGCCCAAGGUAUCCCACUUGCAACUUUUCUUGAGGCCGGAGGCGGUGUUUACCAGCACGAGAUCGCAAACGAAGGGCUCGAUGCGUUCUUGCAUAUGCUACUGAUCGAUAACUUUGUUCAUGCCGAUCUGCAUCCUGGAAAUAUCAUGGUUCGCUUUUACCAACCCAGUGAACUUGAUCUAUCACUACGGAAACAGUCACGAGCAAUGGAUGCCCCUACAUCAGCGGAAGUCGAUGUGACCGAGGCUAUCCUCGCCCGAUUGCGCCCGUACAUUGGCCAAGGCGAGAAGUGGGAAUCUGCUUUGGCCCAGUUGAAUGACGAGGGAUACCGGCCGCAACUCAUCUUCAUCGACACGGGCCUGGUAACCCAACUCAACGACGUGAACCGACGAAACUUCCUAGACCUCUUCCGAGCCAUUGCUGAGUUUGAUGGCUAUCGUGCAGGCCAUUUGAUGGUUGAACGGUGCCGCACGCCCGAGCAGGUCAUUGACCCGGAGAUCUUCGCUUUGAAAAUGCAACAUCUUGUCUUGAGCAUCAAGUCUCGAACUUUUGCUCUCGGAAACAUCAAGAUUGGCGAUGUUCUGAGCGAAGUCUUGACCAUGGUGCGUGGCCAUCACGUCCGGUUCGAGGGAGACUUUAUCAAUGUCGUGAUUUCGUGUCUCCUUCUCGAAGGUAUUGGACGAAGUCUGAACCCUGAUCUCGAUCUUUUCAAGAGUGCCCUUCCCAUCCUUCGACAACUUGGCUCCGGUUCCACCUUCUUACAGACCGUGCGUUCUGGCGAUACUUCGAUUCUCCGCGUCUGGGUCGGCCUCGAGGCUCGCGGGUUGCUGCAGGCCAGCAUUGAGAGCGUAGAGCAGUGCGUCAAAUAUGAUCUGCUGUCACCUAACAUUUAA